AAAUACAAAGAGGACCGACGAGAUGGCGCGCUCGUCGCUAUCUCUGGUAGUGACGUGGCAGGGGCGCACAUACCCGCUGCGGAUUUCGCAGUACGCAACCGUAGUCUCCGUGAAGGUUCUGCUGGAGGAGCUGACCGAGGUAGAGGUGGAGAGCCAGAAACUGCUAGGCCUGGUGAAGGGCCGGCUGCCAGCAGACUCAUCGACAUUGUCGGAGCUGUCGGUGGCGGACGGCACGCGCGUGCGCUUAAUGGGGACGCGGGCAGCAGACAAGCUGCGGGCACGGCGGGCCGAGGAGGUGGUCGUGGAGGAGGACUAUGUGCCGGACCGCUCGAGCCGUGUGGUGUCGACGGACCAUGGCGAGAAGCUGACGAAUCUGGUUUUGACGGCCGAGGUGCGGGUGAUGAAUGCGCCGCGGGCGGGCCGGCGGCUGGUGGUGCUGGAUCUGGACUACACGCUGUUUGACUGCAAGAACGUGUCGGGGGAUAUCGCGGACAUGGCGAGGCCCGGGCUGCACGAGUUUCUGGCGGCUAUCUACCCGUUCUACGAUAUUGUGAUAUGGAGCCAGACCAAGUGGUUUGUGGUGGAGAGCAAAAUCACAUUGCUGGGGAUGCUGGCAAACCCAUUGUAUCGGGUCACGGCGGCUCUGGAUAUUUCGACGAUGUUCUCGGUGACGGCAGUGCGGAAUGGGCGGACGGUGGUGCACCAGGUGAAGCCGCUGGAGUUCAUUUGGCGGCGGCUGCCGAUGUACCAUGCCGGGAAUACGGUGCACGUGGAUGACGUGAGCAGGAACUUUGCGCUGAAUCCGCAGAAUGGGCUCAAGAUCCAUGCAUUUAAGCGCGCAGACCGCCGGCCACGGCGCGAUCGCGAGCUGUUUGCAUUGGCCGAGUAUUUGGUGCGCAUUGCGCAGCUGGAUAGCUUUGAGGAACUCGAUCACUCAAAGUGGAAGACAUAUAGGGGCUAG